GACCAGUUAGCAGACUUCAUCUUUCGAGCUGUGGAAGGCACAGAAGCUGUGAAAAUUGAAUUGGGUGUGACCAGGGACAAGCUCAGGGCCUGGAAGGGCCAGCAGGGGCAUGGCAAGUGGAAGCAGCGAUCUCUGUUCCAGGAUGGACACAGACAGCCAGAACACAGACAACAAGGACCUAGAUGAGCUGAUUUUCCCUCAGCUCCUUCUCAAGCACUUCAGAGAAAACAAGGUGGAGAUUGCAACUGCGAUAACACAGCCAUUUCCUUUCCUCAUGAGCCUCCGAGACCGUGCCUUCAUCUCUCAGACAAUGUUUGAAAACUUUCAAGAAGCUUGUAGAAACCUGAUCCCAGUGCCAAGAGUGAUGUACGAUGUCCUCAGUGAACUGGAGAGAACAUUUGACCCGUCACUUCUGGAAACAUUGUUCAGCAAAGUUAACCUGAAGGCCUAUCCUGAUUUAAAUGAGAUUUUCAGAAGCUUCCAAAAAGCGCUUCAUGACUUCUUUUAUGAAAAUGAUGAUGAAGAAGAGCCUCACAUUCAUUCAUUCCAGGACAGAAGGAUGAUGCUACCAGAAGCUGGAAUCUCAGAGCAUCUCAGCAAUGAGGAGCAGAUGGACAGAAGGGAAGAAUAUUCAUGUCAUGACUCAAAUGAUGCAUUAAGUACCCAAGAAACAACAAGUGACUAUGCUGGAAGCUCUGAACGAGAAGGGGACAGCAAUGCCUAUCCUGAAAUGCAUGAUGUAGAAGAGCCUCAGGAAGCCUUGAGGUCCCCGCCAAGAUGUGGGCCAGGGUGUUGGAAACUUACUCCACAGACAGAUGGAGAAGAAUCAGAAGAAAUCCCCAGGUUACUACCUUAUGAUAGAGAAGAGUCCUGUAACACCGCAACUCCACAGAUGACUAAUGAAGAACUAGACAAGGUGCUCAGUCUGCUACCAAGUGAAGGAGAAGAGGGAGGCAAUACUUGUUUGGAAAUGUGUGAUGGAAAAGAGCCCCAGGAAGCCUCGAGUCCCCCACCAACAUGUGGGCCAGGUAAGGAAGGGGAGGAUUUCUGCCAGGGUGUCAGAAUGUCCUGUGGUUCUGAAGCUCUUCAGAUGACUAAUGAAGAAGAACCAGAGGAGGUGCCUCGCCAGCUAGUACUUGAGGGGGAAGAAACCAACAGUCCCUGUUUAGACAUGUAUGAUAGAGAUGAGUCACAGGAAACCUUGAACUUACCACAAACAGAAAGUGGGCCAAGUGAGGACGUAUCUGGGGAACUAGAAGAUCAACAAACAGAUGAGGAAGGAGGAUCAGACCAGCAUACUUCUCGCCUACCAUGCGAUGAUGAGCCAGGAGCAGAGCAACCAGAAGAUGGAAAUGGGAAGUGUUCCUGUGUUAUGUGUUUUACAAAAGAUGUGCCAGAAGACCCAGAAGCAAGGACAGCAACUGGCCAACCACGAGGCUCAAGGGAUACUGUGAUUACCGGAAAUAACUCUACUUUGGGACAACCCAGGAGGAAAAGAAGAAGAAAGAAAGGCCAUUCCUGGUCCAGAAUUAAAAGGAGAAGGUAUAAACCAAUACAACAAAAUGGUGGUCUGCAGUCUCCUGAGGACCAAGACAGCUUUGUAGAGAACGACAAAGCUGAUGGUCAGUUGGUCUCCAGUAAAAAUAACAUGACUCACCAACCCCUUGCCAAGCUAAAAGUGAGGAAGAGAAGAAGACGUAGAAAGUGCUUCACUCGGAGAGACAGAGCCCCACGGAAAAGAGGCCGAGCAAGAGCCUCAAGAAUACCCAGAGAUCCAACUAUGGAUUUUCAGGCUCCUUUGCUUACUGUGACCUGUGGUGAGGCAAAGGGUACUUUACAUAAGAAGAAAUUGAAACAAGAAACAGAAAUACAGGCUGACCUAGAUCUUUUUACCUUUCAGGGUGGAAUGCUACCUCAUCCUUCAAGAGUAUAUAAUGGGAGGAAAAAGCGGAGGAUACUGAAGUCUCACGAUACUAACUCAGAUGAUCCUUCUCUGGGAAACAUGGACGAAUGUGAGGUGUGCCGGGAUGGAGGGUUUCUAUACUGCUGUGACACUUGUUCCAGAGCCUUCCAUGAAGACUGUCAUAUCCCUCCUGUAGAAAUUGAGCAAAACCCAUGGAGCUGCAUCUUCUGCAGCAUGAAGGAGUUUCCAGAAGAUCAACAAUGUUAUCAGGAAUUUGAGAUCCUGGAGAAACAGAUGGGGCCAGAGGAACAGCUGAAAUGUGAAUUCCUUCUGUUGAAAGUCUAUUGCUGUUCUGAGAGUUCCUUUUUUGCCAAGAUUCCAUAUUAUUACUACCUUGGAGAGGCUUGUCAAGGCCUGAAGGAACCUAUGUGGUUGAACAAAAUCAAGAAAAAGCUGCAUGAGAAGGGUUACCCCCGGGUGGAGGGGUUUGUGCAGGACAUGCGCCUCAUCUUCCAGAACCACAGGGCAUCCUACAAGUAUAAUAAUUUUGGCCAAAUGGGAUUUAGACUGGAGGCCGAAUUUGAGAAGAAUUUUAAGGAAAUGUUUGCCAUUCAGGAAAAGGAUGAGAACAGUUGACUGGUACAGUGGGUGCUGAAGGGGCUUAGGAAAUGGCAGCCCCCCAAAUAUGCUACUGCUGUGCCGAUUACUUCAAAAUGAGAGCAUUUGGUGACAGCAAAUGCAGGGAGGGGCUUUUUCUUAGCUCCCCUUAUCUGCCCAAAGAUGGAGCCCCCAAAAGGGCUCGGUUGUCAUAAGUUUCCUCCCUGGGAAACUCAUCAGCCAGGGAAUGUUAACUCAGAUAACACGGAAGAAGAUUGGAAGUGACACAGCCCAGAUUGCCUCUCACCUAUACGCAUCAGCCAUCUGCCCCCUUCUUGUAAUCUCCUGUUUUGUGGCUAUAAACAAUAAAAAUGUGUAUAUACAAUAAAA